ACACUCGCCGUGUAAGCUACUUGAAAUUCCAAUGCUAACCAACUUUAGCCAGCUUGCUAACAUGUAACUGAGCGACUGUGAAGAACUACAUGUAAAGCAGUAUAGCUGGAUUUAAAUACAUAAAUGAUACAUAUCUCCAAAAGAGGUAUAUUGUAAAAUUCGUCUUCAUGCUUGCUACUGCGCGUGUCUCUGCUACUGCAACCAGGACAUGUCCAGUUAGCCAGAACGCAGCACUCGGUGGAUAACGAACCCUGGCAGAGCUAGCCAGUCAGCCCGCUUGGACUGGGUCUGCUUUGAGGGAUUUGAACAGGUUUCGUCGCUCAGUGGACAGUGAAGCCGGAUGCUGUGACUACCAUGAGUCCCGCAGGCUGCCCCCAUGUCAACGGCUUCAAAGUGGACAACUGGAAGCAGAACCUGAGGGUCAUUUAUCAGUGUUUCGUGUGGAGUGGUUCAGCUGAGACCAGAAAACGCAAGGCCAAGUCAUGUAUCUGCCACAUGUGCGGCGCCCACCUCAACAGACUACACUCCUGCCUCUACUGCGUCUUCUUCGCCUGCUUUGCCAAAAAACACAUCCACGAACAUGCCAAGAGCAAAAGGCAUAACCUAGCUAUCGACCUGCUGUACGGGGGAAUUUACUGCUUUAUGUGCCAAGACUACAUUUACGACAAAGAGAUGGAACAGAUCGCCAAAGAGGAACAAAGGAAGGCCUGGAAGAUGCAAGGUAUCGGGGAAAAGUACUCGACGUGGGAGCCGACGAAGAGGGAGCUGGAGCUGCUGCGUCACAACCCCAAAAGAAGGAGGAUCACCUCCAACUGUACAAUUGGCCUGCGCGGGCUAAUAAAUCUGGGCAACACAUGCUUUAUGAACUGCAUCGUCCAGGCGCUGACGCACACCCCACUGCUACGAGACUUCUUCCUCUCGGACCGGCACAAAUGCGAGAUGCAGAGCAACUCCUGCUUGGUGUGUGAGAUGUCGCAACUGUUCCAGGAGUUCUACUCAGGCCACCGCUCACCUCACAUCCCGUUCCGCCUCCUCCACCUCGUGUGGACCCACGCCCGUCACCUGGCCGGCUACGAGCAGCAGGAUGCCCACGAGUUCCUCAUCGCAGCGCUGGACGUCCUGCACAGACACUGCAAAGAUGACAACGGGAAGAAGGCAAACAACCCGAACCACUGUAACUGCAUCAUUGACCAAAUCUUCACAGGGGGCCUGCAGUCUGACGUCACCUGUCAAGCCUGCCAUGGUGUUUCAACAACUAUAGACCCAUUUUGGGACAUCAGCCUGGACCUGCCAGGCUCUUCCACCCCAUUCUGGCCCCUCAGCCCCGGAGGAGAUGGAUCAGCACUUAACGGAGAGAGUCACACCACUGGAGCCACAACACUGACGGACUGUCUGCGCAGGUUCACCAGACCAGAACACCUCGGGAGCAGCGCAAAGAUCAAGUGCAGUGGCUGCCAUAGUUACCAGGAGUCUACCAAGCAACUGACAAUGAAGAAGCUGCCCAUCGUGGCGUGCUUUCACCUCAAAAGGUUUGAGCAUUCGGCCAAACUGCGGCGGAAGAUCACUACUUAUGUCUCCUUUCCUCUGGAGCUGGACAUGACCCCGUUCAUGGCCUCUAGUAAAGAAAGCCGGAUGAAUGGGCAGUACCAGCAGACCGUGGAUCCCUUCAACAACGACAACAAGUACAGCUUGUUUGCAGUGGUGAACCACCAGGGGACACUAGAGAGCGGUCAUUACACCACUUUCAUCCGACAGCACAAGGACCAGUGGUUCAAAUGUGACGAUGCAAUCAUCACCAAGGCUAGCAUCAAGGAUGUCCUGGAUAGUGAAGGGUACCUUCUGUUUUACCACAAACAGUUCCUGGAGUAUGAAUAAGUCCCUGCAUCAGCACGGCCUGCAGGAUGAGCUGAGGGACGACGCAAGAAUUUGUUUGUAACAGAGUGAUGAGAAAGGCAAAGAAACACGUUGUCAUUGGCAAGUCCCACCCUUACUACACACCAGUCUAGUUACUCUGUGUGACAUGCAAGAAGGACACUGUCUGCUGUGCAGGAGAAAUCCAACAAAUCUGACUGGAUGGGCCCUAAAGGAACUUUAUGUACUUGAAUUCAGGGGAUGAAGAAAAAAGCAGCAAGUCCGUGUACAAGUCUGCUUAAAAAAAAAAAAGAAGAAGAAAAGAAAAGGAGUGCAGAGUCCUCCUACAUUUUUGUUCUCUUAUCAGACACAAAUGCAAGAGAAGCUUCACUUGAUCACAAAUGCUGUCCUUCACCAAUGUCUUGCUACAUGCUUCUUGCACAGCUGCAUAUGUAGGGGAAGAAGCAGAGCAACAGCUUUACACAGAGCUACAAGGCUCUGUUGUGAUAUUUUUUCUCCUUUCCCCCCCCUCCUCUCUUCAAGGCAACCUUCCGGACACAAGCACACUUGUCUAACACAGCUACGCUCCUCCAAAAGACCAAAUAUUUCAAGGGUGGAAGUUGUCUUCGUAUGCUUUUUUUUUUUUUUUUUUCCAGAGUGCAACUACUGGGGAAGGGAAAAAACACGUUAAUCAUAGUAUUCUGUCUGAAGUUUAUUCCAUUUUUAUUACUUGCGAGCUUGUAGUUAUCGCUCAGAAACCAUUUUCCCUGCGAAGGACAUGAAGGAUCUGUUAUUUUCUGCCUGUCUCCUCAUCAAAAAUGGGGGAAAUAGACAACACAGUAAAUAUAUUUUUAUACAUACUGCAAUUUAAAAACAUUUGUUUGCGGUUUUGCGUUCUCCCUGGACUCUCACGUUGUUCAUCUAUCUGCGUUACAUUGUGCUGUCAAUCUCAUAUAUAUAAUUUUUUUUGUACACGUGACUUUCAUGACACUGCUGCUAUAGGCUGCUUCUUUUUUCUUUUUUUUUAAUUUCAGUCAUGUUCUUCACAUUAAUGAAACAUUGUAAUGAUGCUGUUUCAGGUAAAUGGCAAAAAAAGAAAGAAAGUAAACAAAAAAGGAGAGAAGGGAGUCUGUAUAGUGGGUCACAGGCUCAGUCCUGCAGUGUUAACUGUCGGCCGCAUGUUGCUCUAAUUCAGUGUGUUUAUAUGUGUGUGAAUGUGUGCACGUGAAUAUGCUCGAGAAAGAGGAGGAUUUAAAAAAAAAAAAAAAAAAAAAAAAAGAAAGAAAGAAGAAGAAAUCCAUUAAAAAAAGCCCUCAGCUUAGGUGCGUUUAUAUAAAAUGUGUUAUUGAGUGUAAAGAGACAAAAAAAGAGCGCGUAUGUGUCCUGUUUGUAUGCACGUGUCGUGCGCGUGCGUAUGUAGCGUAUGUUCAUGUACUGAAUCAGUACUUGCAUUUAGCAUGCCGUCUGAGCUGGGUAUCACAGUUUGAUAGGAUUUUUUUUUUUUUGUUCCACAUGUUGAUGACGUGUGUAAAAGUAUAUAUGUACAGUUUGUAUGUAGAAACAAAAUGGUGAAACCUCAAAGUUGAUUUGUUCUUCUAUAUUGCUGGAUCCAGCCACGGGGUCAUAAUCAGAAAAAAAAAGAACGGUAAUAAUAAUAUUAAAUAUCUUGAGCCAGUCAGUCAUUCCACAAAAACACAUGUAACUGCUGCAAGAACUGGACACAGUGAUGGAAAGACACUCAAAUAAAGAAGA